AGACCCCCAGCGCUGCUAAUGAGCCGUCACUUUUCUGAAGCAUGGGGUGCAAAGCCUACGGUUUUCCAUCGAGCAAGUGGUGCAAAGCCUACGGUUUUCCAUCGAGCAAUUGAGGCAGUACGGCGCAUUUUUCGUCGACGAAGGGAAAAGCGGCGAGGAUUCCCAGAGAGGACGAGCUUUGAUGAUGCUGGUGCUGCAGACUCGACUCAACCUGAAGUGAAGCCGCCGACCUGCGACCCUCUGCUGCAGCUGGUCUCCCUCCAGAAUGCUUCAGGUUUCUGGAUGCUGGAUUCAGCUCUGGCUGCUGCACUGGGAAAGACGAGCGAAGAGGUGGAAAAGUCCAAACCUGAACCGGUGAGCAGUGAAGUGUGGGCCACCAUUCUGGCUCUAAUCUGGCUUCAGGGGUUUCAAACCGAUGCAAAGGACGAGUGGCAGAUUCUGGCUGGAAAGGCUGUGUUGUGGCUUCAAGCUCAGAAUGCUCCAAACGUGACAGAAUGUGUGGAUGCUGGAAAUGCUCUUCUGGGUUGCAGAGUGCAGAAAGAUGCUCUGGGACUCUGAGGCUUCAUUACAGUCUUCACUUCUUCAUUGAUGACAGAAUCACUUCUUCUGUUGUUCUGGGAAGUUUUUCAUAGGUCAUUGAAAUUUUUUCAAAAUCAAACUCUGGAAUCACAAAUACACACACAAAUAUCAAUGUUUCUG